UACCACGAACACCAUCACCUGAUCUAUCCUCUGAAUCCGAAACGGAUCAAGAGAUUCAGGUGGAAGGGCACCGAUAUAAAAUCGUCAAAGUACGGAUGUCUAUCACUAAAACACGUGGAAAGUACAGGAGACUGUACAGGACUGAAGGGAGUCAUAUAACGGUCCCUAUGACAAAAGCAGCCCUGAUAAACCAGAUGCAAGCCCUGUAAGAUAUAUGAAUUAUUGAUUAAUCUUCAAAUAAAUGCAUUUUUAAUCUGUUAUAGGUUCGAAGUGCAUGAACGGGAAAGACAUCGAUCCAGAAUCACCAACUCUGCUCCCUACGACGUCGUUAGUGUCAAUGGCUCGACGUACGAGCUGCGGUAUGACCUAGACGAAAGUGAUAGAUCCGGAAGGGAUAUGUUCCGUUUGAAAAACGGAAAACAAUGUCGGACCAAACCAGCAUGGAUCAAACAUAUAGAAGGAUGGUAUGCUAUUUGGUGAUUUAUCUACUAUUAUAUAUCAUUAAUUACUAUGUAUGCUUAUUUACAGGCAGCGAACUAAUUCACAAGUCACGGAGACGGUGCGAGAGUGGCUGACCCAUCAAACUCGGCCAAUGUAAUGAAUAUCAUUCCAAUUUAUUAUAAUUUAUCAAAUUAUUUGGCAAAUUAAAAUGUACCAAUUUCUUUCUAACUUACAGGCCACGAGAGGUGAUGAGAAGAAUAACUCCGUUCAAGAUUAAUCCUAAGCGGAUACAUCGAAAUUCUACCGAUGCCAUUGCCGACACCGAAACUACUAAAGAAAUGAAUGCACAUUUCAAGGCGACGGAUGAAGCUAGAGAUGCCUUCACCAGCAGCCGUAGACGAUAUGUUUAUUUUGUUGUCAUCAUACCGGAAGCAUUGGUUCGUCAUAUUCAGCCGAAUUCGGCUGGAUAUUGUCCCGAAAUAUAUGACUGGCUACGUGACCACGAGGACCACGAAAACAUCUCCGUUCAACUCUACGCGGGAAGGAACUCCAGGCAAGCUCCAGACAAUUAUUCAUUAAAUUCGUAAUCAAUCAUGUUUCUCUUAACAGGCGCCCAGAGCCGUCCGCCCAUACUUUCAAGUCGGACAUGAGGACGUCCAUCCGGCGAGAGGUCAACGCUGGGGGUCGAGCCUUUCUUCUCCAUGUCCAAGAGGAAAAUUACCCAACUAGAAGAGCGGCCCGAACCGGAAUUGUUACUUUGGAAGCAGCUGUAAUUGUUAGUAAAACUGGAUUUGUCAUCAUUCGGGUGUGUCCCUAAGAGUUUUUUAAAUUAAUUAUAUAGGCAUAUCUCUCGUGGAUCAGCCCCCAUACUCCGAAUAAUUCCCAAGUCGGGAAAUUAAAGUACAUACGAGCGAAUCGACACGCAGAAACAGACACCUUCAUGGAUUCCAACCCAUUGAUCAAGGACCAUAUCCUCGCAAUGGCGUCCACCACAUCACGUCGUCCUUUCCAUUUCCUCCAGGACCCUUCUAUCCCCUGUCCCAUUGACCAUUCUUACCCUGGUCAGCCAUACUCGGCUAUGAUACAUCCCGACAGAGAUAUGAUCACGGAAGUGUUCCUUGAUAAGUCGAAAAAAGAGGAAUCGGCAAACCAAUCUUCAGAAAAAGAAUCUGACACGGACGACGUUUUCUUAUCAGAAUAUGUGGAGGAAGAUGAAGAUGAAUCCAUGCCGGAUAAAUCAACUUCGCCACGGACGACCUCGACUCUAAUCUCGAAUCAAUUCCUUGCCGCCCUACCUUUUCAACGGCAAAGCCGAAAUCAUAGUUGUGGGAUGAACGCAGUGAACAACUUCACCUUGCGGGGAUCGAUUUAUGGGAGGGAUGUAUUGCAGAGCAUUGUCGCCAACUUGGAGGCUGAGGAACAAAAUGUGGUCGAUACCGGAGAGGUCGACCCAGGAGCUUAUGGAAGCGAGCUUGGAGACUACAACGUCGUCGUCUUGGAACAGGCGCUCAUCAUGGCGCAGUAUCAAGUGUCGCGAAGAUCAAUUGAUUUUGACAUUGAUGCAUCCAUUGGAUUCAUCUACAAUCCAGGAAAUCAUUGGAUCGCCGUGAGACGAGUUCAAGACCAGUGCAGUUCGACAGUUUGGCGGAAGAAGCAGUUGUCAUUACACCAUUGGAUGUGAUGAAACUGGUCGUGAAACAUUGUAACGCCAUCCUCGUUGUAACAGGAGAGAAUGGACAGCCUGAUUAGCGGAGAGAACAACAACAACUGCGGAUUUAAAAUUUGCGUGCGCAUCAUAUCUAAAAAUAGUACGCAAACCUCCGAACUUAUGUAAUCGUCUACCUGACAGUUUUGCAAAGUGAUUUUGAAUUCUCAAAUGAGGCUUAUCUAUAUUUGUUAUUUUUAUAGCUUACAUAUAUAUAAUAAUAUAAAAAUAUAAUAUAAAAAAUUAUGGUUGUCACCGUUCUAAAUUAUGGUUCUCACCGUUCUUGUUGUUAAAUAAUUGCUCAUUAUGGCUUCCUUGCCCAUUCUGUAAUUUGUGGUAUCUCUUCUCUGUGGCUUUUAUAUUAAAUGUGUCCCACUACCAAACCAACGGUAUCGGGUUUUCCCACU